AUGACAAUAUUAUAUUUCAGUGUUCAGUCACAAAGCGCCUGCGCGAAUGGUGGCCUUGACCGGCCUGCGCCAAAAAUUGCAGGCAAGUGGGUUGAAGUUCCAACGGCAGCGGGUCAGUCCGUCACGCGGCGACCUACACAGCGUUCGCCAUCCAUUAGCUCGAUUUCGUGUUCAAGUUCACUCGCGCUCCAUCACCAAAAAUAUUUUAGUAGUGUGACGCAACUACGGCUGCGUCCCACUCGAACGUUCCGCGGAGUGCUCAGUCCGCACCGCUCUCACGCGACCUUGGCCGCGGUGCGCCCGCAAGGUUCAGGUCUUCGAACUCGCAGCGCGGUGAGGUUCGCGGGAAGGGGACUUCUGAUCCUCCAAUGGUUCAGCGCGCACGUCCGCGCGAGCUCUCUAUUGACUUUCACUCUUAAGGGGAGACUCGAAUGGCUACGACGAAAAGUACGUACGGCGCGAGCUCAGUUCGUCGAUCGAGCUCGAGUGAAACGCACGCGGCGCGUUCAGCGGCAGUUUUCUAGGACGAGCGACCUUCAUCCUUUGCGACGUGCCGGUCGCGCGCUUUGCCUGUGCACUCCUGUCCUAUAUCCAGUUGUUCAGUGA